AUGUCGUAUAAGAUCCUGGUAGGAUCGUACACCGACCGCAUAACUACCCUGGCGUUUGAUCCAGAUCGCAAGACCCUUCAAGUGCUUUCAACCGUCCAGGCAGGACAAAGUCCAUCAUGGAUAGCACAACAUCCUACCGACAAGUCACUUAUUUUUGCUACAAACGAAGUGGAGGAUGGGAAAAUCCAACUGUUCAGACUCGCUAAGGAUGGGCGAUUAACUUUCCUCGAGGAAUGUUCAUCGGGCGGAGCUCUUCCUGCCAAUUUAGGGGUGUCUGAGGAUGCGGUCGUGGUUGCCAACUACAUGGGAAGCUCUAUCCUAGAGGUGCCGCUCUCUGCUACCUCCCCAUACCUGCAGCAGCGACGCCAGGACCCUAUCACAUUCGAAGGGAAAGGCCCUAACAAGAGUCGUCAAGAAUCUUCACACCCUCAUCAAGUUAUCCUUCGUCAUGGGACACAAAAGGAAAUCCUAGUUCCUGAUUUGGGCGCUGACAAGAUCUGGCGACUGACUGAGGGCGACGGAGGCAAAUGGAGCGUUGCCGGCUCUAUCGAUUUUGUACCGGGCAGCGGUCCCAGGCACGCAGUGAUACAUGACAACAUUAUUUACACAGCUCUUGAACUCACCAAUGAGGUUGCAUCACACAUUUUCACUGAGCGCCCUGGAAAGUCCAUCCCGCUCGGGUCACUCUCAAGUCUUCCGCAGGGUGCGAAGCCAGAAAACCUCCUUGCCGAAAUCUUGAUCAGUGAUUCCACGCCACUGCAUCCUAUCCCACUCCUGUAUGUAUCGAAUCGGAAUGAAGGGCCGCCAGGAGGCGAUUCCAUCGCGAUAUUCACACUGCAUCAGCACACAUUGUUGUAUGAGUUUGAUGGGGAGUCACAGUUCAAACUCGUUAAUUCUGUGGCAACUGGUCUACAUCAUCUCCGUGGGAUGAGUAUUGGGGGUAAUGAUGGCAGGUAUAUCAUUGCCGGCGGUGUAAAUGGGGGGGGAAUCAAGGUGUUUGAGAGGGUCGGGAAAAGUUUGAGCGUGGUUGCGAGCACGGAGGCAGUGGUGAAGCCGACUUCGUUCUUGUGGGUUUGA